UUUUGACUUUUAUUUUUUCAUACCAAAUGUAUAAUGAUGGGACAAAAUCUCCUACCUUAACCGAGGUUCAGAAUCUGAAUGGACCGGCCAAGUUCGAUCAAUCACGACGGCGACGUUUUCAUAGAUGCGUUUCAAAACUUUCCCGCCGAGGGCCCGCCGGAGCCUUCCGAUUCGGCUUCCAGGCUUCCGGAUCCUCCACCCGAACCUAAGUCAUACUAUCCAGCUGCCACAAUCCGGCGCCGACCAGUUCGUCGGGGUUUUUCGAGUACUCAAUCGUCAGGUUCUAGCUUGGGGAGCGAUUUGGUGAAUGGCGAUUCGAGGAGUUUUCAACACCGCACGAGGCAUCGAAAUCUCAAGAAAGCCGAGAAUACGGAGAAACCCGAUUUGGAUGACCGGCAACAAGUUAAUGCCUCGACGGAGGAGAACAACGAGGGCUCCACCGUAACUUCAGCUGCGAACGAUGAUGCAGCUUUCGACUCCGUUGACUCGGCGCCGCGACAAGGUGACUCGUCUUCGAGUUUCCUCGACCCCCGCGGGUUGGCGAUUAACUUAUUAGGGUUUCAGAUUAAGUUAAUGUUCAUGUUCAUAACUUACCCGCUGUUGUUCGUGUUUUAUUCAUGCAUGUUUUUCGUGGAUCCUCUGGGGACAACGAAGAGGGGCAAGGUUUUCCUUGUAGGGAUUUGGAACAGAGGGUGGCGUGUUUUGUUUCGGUGCAUUAGGCCUUAUGUUAGUAGAUGGUUCAAGGAGGACGAAUCGAUUUGGAGCGUGGCUUUUCGGUGGGGUUGGGGGUUUUUGUGCUCAGUCUAUGUUGGAUGCGUUUUGUUUGGUCUUCUAAUUUCGUCGUUUGUGUUUAGUAUGUUGUUGAUGAAGUAUUUGGUGGAGAAGCCGAUUCAGAUGAGGGAGGUUUUGAACUUCGAUUAUAGCAAACAUAGCCCUGUCGCGUAUGUGCCGAUAAUGUCGUGUGCUGGUGUUAUUGGUGGUAUAGGUUCCGAGUAUAAGGAUGAUGAUCGGAAGUGGGUGGGUGAACGGUUUAUACCUUCUAAGCACAAGGUGCAAGUCAAUGUUGAGUUAAGAGUGCCAGAGUCAGGAUACAACAGAAACCUUGGGAUCUUUCAGAUCAGGGUAGAUUUCCUAUUGCCUAAUGGUAAAGCUAUUGCAACCUCAAGUCAACCUUGCAUGUUAAGAUUCAGAAGUCAGCUUAUCCGCCUAAUCACUACUUUCCUCAAGAUUGUUCCUCUUGUUACUGGGUAUACAUCCGAAACUCAGACUCUGAAUGUGAAGAUGAGAGGUUUCGAAGAAGGAGAACUACCUACUUCGUGCUUGAAAGUGACCCUUGAGCAACGAGCAGAAUAUCAACCAGGUGCAGGCAUUCCUGAAAUAUAUGAUGCAUCUGUGAUUGUUGAAUCGGAACUUCCACUGUUCAAGAGGAUUAUUUGGCUUUGGAAGAUGAGCAUUUUUAUAUGGAUCGCAAUGAUGGCAUUCUUCACAGAGUUACUCUUUGCUCUUGUGUGUUGCACGCCUUUCAUUAUUCCGAAAACAAGGCAAAGGGUGGCUCCAGCUAACCGUUCUGCAACCUUAAACCGUCCUCAGGCACUAGAUUGAGAUUGCUUUUUUCUAUAGUCAUUGUUAACCGUGAUGGAAGUAAGGUUUUUGUCUAACAAGUUAGCCUAGCAUGUAUUAAUUUGUGUUAGUGUUCUAACAUCUAAUUGUUAUUUUUUCUGUUGAAUUUCUUUCGCAAAUGCUUAAGAACACGUCAUGUACAAAAUGUAAUUUUUGUCAACACAUCAGAAGGGGAAUGUUUUUAGCUAA